GGCUCCCUGGUCAUCGUCCCCGUUGCUCCUCCAUACCAACACCAACACACCAUCAGUCUCACAGCGAAAGGAUUUUUCGACCCUCACUCUGCCUGCCUCUCCGCAGUCAUGGCGCAUGUAUCUCUUCCUCUGGGUGGCGCAUCCCCCAGCAGUCGGCGCAGCGAGGAGAUUGGUCGUGGGCAGAUCUUCGACUCUUCCGCCUUCAGCAACACCGUGACCAAUGCCUCAUCCUCUAAUGGUGGCAGCAGCCUCCCCAGCUGGUCCACAACGCGCUCACAGUACCAUCUACCCCAGUCUGAAGUCCUCAAGGGACUCGCCAACAGAUUCGUACAUUCCACUUCAUACCUCUACCUCUAUGCCUCAAUGGCAUUUGCUAGCUUGCUGACGGUGGUCAUGAGUCUCAUGACCGACUGUCCAGGGACGAUGUUCUACGUCGUGGAAAUGCUGGUGAAUGUUGUAUUGGUCGUGGAGGUGGGAGUGAGAUUUGUUGCCUUUGGAAGACAAUUCUGGCACUCCACCUUCAACAUCCUCGACCUCUUUCUCGUCUUCCUCUGCACCCUCACCCUCCUCAUCAUCUUCUUUUCCCACGACUGCUCUCCCUACAAUCGCGGAUCUUCCAAGGAAGGUCGAGGCGGCAGGCAAGGCAAGGGUGAAGAGCUCCUCGACUCAUUCCUCUUGAUCUUUAGGAAUGGCAUGCAGCUCGUGCGGUUGCUGGCUGUGGUGCGGCGUAGCGGCAAGAAUGCCAUGUCGAGGCCAUCCAGAAUCGACCUCGACCCUGCUAGUGUAGGCAGGAGAGGCGGAGCUGGUGGUGGUGGGGGGCUCGGUCUAGGCGGGAGUGGGUCGAGACCGGGCAAUGACUUUUCUCUGGACAUCGAUUUAGAGGAUGAUGCAGAGGCUACACGAAGUCGGAUGAGGGAUGGAGGUGAUUGGAUGGCCGGACGAGGUGGGAAGAAGAGAGGACCGGAGCAUCAAGGUCUGAUGCAGCAGGAUGACGAGGAUGAUGAUGAGCUGUAGCUACUCAGGUGGGGGAAAAUAGACAUGCCAUUCAUGACAUCGUAUGCCAAAUGAGGCUCGCGCAUACGUGAGAUGACGAUGAGUCUUAUAAAAGCAAGCAGGCAGACAUUACAAUUCGUCAUGCGAGUGGCCACUGGCAGGCUUCUCCUCCUUGUCCUUCUCCUCGACGACCACUACUCCCCCGCCUUCCUUUUCACCCCCCACCCUCCUGGCCAAUCUCUGCACCUCUUCAUCCAAUUCUGUCCACUCUGGAAUUUGCCUCCUGGCACGAUCCAGCUUUGCCUCGUGCGUCUUUGGGUUGGAGCAGAGGUCAAUCGUCUUUGCCUUGUGCAACCAAUCUGUUGAGCACCACGUCUCGCACCAAAGCCAUUCCUGAUCCAGAGUAUGAAUGGG